AAAUAAACAUUUUGUGCCGCCAAAUGAUGUGGGCCGAAUUGUGUCGCCUUUGCGAGCGGCCAGCGGCCGACGGCGGCCAUCGGGCGGCCGAAUUAAAUUUGGAAAAGUUUUCUCAGUGGUGCUUGAACUAUUUGGGCACAACUUUGGCCGAAAAUGUUGAGGACAACGACCUGUUUUGCUACUUCUGCGUAUGGGAUGCAAAGUUACUUUGUGAAAAUGGAUUAAAUAUGGAAAGCGGAAUACAGGACGAAAUGAAGUGGUGGCCUAAUGAAAUGGAAAGUCAGGAAAUUUGUCUUCGCAAUUACUACAAGGCUGGAUACGUAAAGCAAUGCUGGGUGCCACUGAUAAAAGUUCCAGAAAUUUUACAAGAAUCAUCUCACGAGAGCUCGGAUGACUCAAUUGUAGACAAACCGGUGAAAUAUAAAAAAACUGGGCGAAAUCGAAAACAUGCAGUAACUACAAAAAAAAAGUGCUAUGUUUGUACUGCAAUAAACACUUUCACCAUGGCGCUCUCCGGAACCAUACAAAAGCAAUACAUGCAGACAUUGCAAUCAGGUGUGAUUAUCUUCAAUGUGCAAGAUUUUUUCUUUCUGAGGAAGACAAGAAUCAACAUAUCAAUGAAUGUCACUUGACGCCUAAAGAGCAGGUCCUUCAUGACUGCCUUUAUUGCCCAAAACAGGCCCUCACGAGAAUGAGAUUGUAUGACCACGUCAGAUGGAAUCAUUCAAAAAUUGCCAUCAAGUGCCGUGUUCGGGGGUGUGGUGAUUUUUUCAAAACUAAAACUGAUUUGGAAGUUCAUAUGAAAACAAAGCACAGCAAUCUUGAAGAGUCAAAAAAGCACAAGUGUUCAAUCUGCAACUGCAAAUUUCGAAAGAAGGCUUCACUUGCUCAUCACGAAGCCAUAGUGCAUAAAAUUUCAAAAUACAAAUUCUACUGUCCGAUGUGUCCUGCUAUUUUAAUUAGCAAAAUCAGUUUAUCACAACAUAUCAAACGGAAACACAAGUUUAGGACAUGCCCUGCCUGUAAUUUGGAAAUUUCUGCAAUUUUGUUAAACAAGCAUUUCGUGAAGGUUUCUUGUUUAAAAUGCCAAAGAUCUUUUGAUUGCUCAGAGUUGUUGAAAAGACACAAAAAGGAGUGCAGGAGUCUGCAUUUCAAUUGUGACAAAUGUCCAAAUACUUUUCAAUAUAAAAGUGCUCUUCGUUAUCACAUGCACCAGAUGCACACGCAUAUGGAACCUAUUACAAAGGGGCUCCACUUUAAGGAUCGUGGAUUUUACUGCACGAUUUGCUUGAGAUACUUUUCUUCAAAAUAUUGUUUGAAGCUCCACAUAAAAAAGAUUCAUCACAAAACUACCAGUCGCAAAUUCCACUGUGCUCAUUGCCAAAAGUGUUAUAUCAGUAAAGCUAGUUUGAAAAGACAUCUUACUCAAAUCCACAAACUUGUCACAUUUAAUUACAGAUGCCAUCUCUGUUCAAGAAUUUUCAUAUUCAAGUCAGAAUAUAAAUGUCACAUGCAAACAUUUCAUAUGGAAUCUUAUAAGAAGAUGGUUGAGUGCACUGUAUGCAAAAAUAUAGUCCAAAGCUACCAGCUCCCAAGACACAUGCUCCGUAUUCAUGCGAUGAAGCUUCCAUUAUAAAUUGUGCACAAUUUAGUGCUUUUGAUUAAAUUUUAUUACAUUUAUGGUUGAGUUAAGGGUAUGAUGGGUUUAAUUUAAUUAUAACAAUAGCUGAUGUUUAACCUAUUUUUUAUAGAGAGAUAUGUACAUAUUUUGUUUUAAAUUAAAAAAAAAUUAUAUGUGUGUGCUUCAACAUUAUAAAUAUAAUUUCACAAUCAGUUUGUAUUUACAAUAUAAAUUAAUUAUGCUCAUUGCUCAUUUUUGUAUCUUCUGCAUCAUGGUAAAAUCUAUGAUGAAAAAAAAACUAAAAUUUGGAGAAAUUUUGUAUUAUGAAUAUUUUAAAUAUUUUAGAAUUUUUGUCUA